UGCAAAGGCUCUACCGCCAGCACUUCUUAGCAGGUCCCACGGAGUGAGGCUGAAUCAAGGAGUGCGAACGAACAAAGAGAGGGAAAAUAGCUACCAUCACAUGUCCCAGUAACUGCUGCUAAAGCUUUUAGUUUGUUAAAUAUUCUCGAAUGGUAGAACUGAGCAUUGGGAAAAAGCACAAUGAUGGCAAUGGGGGUGAACCGUUAAUUGUGCCUCAUAAUGGACGUUUCUUUUUGGUCGAGGUUUUAAAUCGAAACACUAUUGAGCAGCAUAUAUUUGGAUGAUAAAGCGCUUUUUCGGUGCUAAAUAGCUGAGAAUAAACUGGAGAAGAGGAUCGGAAAGAGCUAGCCUUUUGAUAACUUGGAUGGAAGGCAAGCGUGCUAUAGGCACUCAGUCACUGUGGAUUACGGGGUGGAGGCAGAGCGGGGGAAGUGCGCGUAAAGUGCAGCGGUUCAACGGUCUACCUGCUGAGAUUUGAUCUGAGUUCCCCAUAGCAGCCACUUUAUCGCACUCGGCUGUAGAGACGUGCACUCAGCUAAAUAGAGCAAGCCGGUAUUACUGCGCGUCGACGAGCAGCAGGAGAAUGGCAAGGUCUUCCGCGAGUCUGACGGGAAAGCAAACGCCCGUUUUUCACCAAAGGAUUCUGUCGAACCGCGUUGGAAUUUGACUGUCUCUUCGUGUUGGUGUUCUUGGAUCUUUAUUUUACACUGAAAAGAAAAGGAGCACAAGUGGAUUGGGUUCUGAGAGGCACCAACCAAUGGCAAAUUACUCGGGCACACUGAAGAGAUGGGCUGUGCAGAGUUGUGCGCUUUGAAAUCCAGCACACCUUGUAUUGAUAUAGCUUAAUUUAGCCAUAAUCCAAUGGGGCAAAACAAAAUUGGAACAUGGGAAAAUAUGAAAUGUGAGAAAAUUCGAUUCCCCUGACCGUCGGUGCUCAGAGCAGGGCUGGCGUUCAUUUUUCAAGGUGUUUGAACCUGACUUACAAUGGAAAAACUGCUUGUCUGUCUGUUGGUUAUUGGAAUGGCAGUGAAGGCCCAGAUCUGUCCGAAGCGUUGUGUCUGUCAAAUACUAUCUCCCAACCUUGCAACCCUCUGUGCCAAAAAAGGGCUCCUCUUCGUCCCCCCGAACAUUGACAGGCACACCGUGGAGCUACGGCUGGCAGACAACUUCGUCACCAGCAUCAAGAGGAAAGACUUUGCCAACAUGACCAGGUUGCAGGACCUCACCCUGUCAAGGAAUACCAUUAGCUUCAUCACGCCACACGCGUUCGCUGACCUGGAGAACCUCCGUGCCUUGCACGUGAACAGCAACCGUCUGACCCGUAUAGCCAACGACACCUUUAGCGGCAUGUCCAAGCUGCACCACCUGAUCCUCAACAACAACCAGCUGACGUUGAUCCACCUGGGGGCUUUCAAUGACCUGCUGGCUCUGGAGGAGCUGGACCUGUCCUACAACAACUUGGAGUCCAUCCCCUGGGAGGCUAUCCAGAGGAUGACGAGCCUCCACACCCUCAGCCUGGACCACAACAUGAUCGACUACAUUCCUGAGGAGACCUUUUCUCUUCUCCAAAAGCUAAACCGCUUGGACGUAACCUCAAAUAAGCUACAGAAGCUUCCUCCAGAUCCUCUGUUCCAGCGGGCCCAGGUUUUGGCCACGUCUGGGAUCAUGAACCCUUCCUCAUUCGCACUGAGCUUCGGCGGGAACCCACUGCACUGCAACUGUGAGCUGCUGUGGUUGAGGCGCCUGAGCCGAGAGGAUGAUCUGGAGACAUGCGCAUCGCCGCAGCACCUCUCUGGACGCUAUUUCUGGUCCAUCCCGGAGGAGGAGUUCCUGUGUGAACCUCCUCUCAUCACCCGGUACUCCCACGAGAUGCGGGUGCUGGAGGGCCAGAGGGUGGCCCUGAGGUGCAAGGCCAGGGGGGACCCUGAGCCUGCCAUACACUGGAUCUCCCCAGAGGGGAAGCUGGUGUCGAACUCCUCCCGGACGUUGGUCUACACCAAUGGCACCCUGGACAUUCUGAUCAGCACUGUGAAGGACACAGGAUCCUUCACCUGCAUCUCGUCCAACCCGGCGGGUGAGGCACAUCAGACUGUGGAGCUGCUGAUUAUCAAACUCCCACACAUCUCCAACAGCACCAACAACAUCCAGGAGCCUGACCCUGGCUCCUCUGACAUCUCCACGUCAACCAGGGCUGGGGCCAAUGGCAGCAACCACACUGGGGACACCAAAACCAGCCCAGAUAAGAGGGUGGUCAUCGCUGAGGCCACAUCCUCCACUGCGCUCAUUAAGUUCAACUUCCAGAGGAAUAUACCUGGGAUCCGCAUGUUCCAGAUUCAGUACAAUGGCAGUUAUGAUGACUCUCUUGUUUACAGAAUGAUUCCCCCCACGAGCAAAAACUUCCUAGUCAACAACCUGGCUGCUGGGACGUCGUACGACCUGUGUGUUCUGGCCAUCUACGACGACGGUAUCACCUCCCUCACCGCCACCCGCGUGGUGGGCUGCAUCCAGUUCACCACCGAGUCUGAGUACCUGCGCUGUCACUUCAUGCAGUCCCAGUUCCUGGGAGGCACCAUGAUCAUCAUCAUCGGCGGGAUCAUCGUUGCCUCCGUCCUCGUCUUCAUCAUCAUCCUCAUGAUCCGCUACAAGGUCUGCAACACCAGUGACUCAGGCAAAGGCACCCUGGUCACCAACGUCCACUCACAGACCAACGGGGCGCAGUCUCAGGGGUGUACCGUCAAUCCCUCUGUGUCCAAACAGGCCAUGGGAGGGUCAGAGGGAGGGGUCAGAGGGUGUCUAAAGGCCACUGGGCACGCGUCGGACACGCUGACGGACUCGUCUGAGACCUCUCUCCCAGACUGCUCCACUGCUACAUCCCUGGUGAGCCAGAGCUGGAACACGCCUGGCUCCUCAGGGUCUCUGAAGCCAAAGUGCAAGCCUGCGCCAAAGCCCUCCGCUGCUGCUUCUGUCACCCCUGAGCCCAAGAUAGAGGCCCUCCCCAACGCUGAGACACAGAACACCAACCGCAACAACUCCACCGCUCUGCAGCAGCCCCCCGCCCCGGUAUUCCACUCCACCCUACCCUACUCACGCAUUACGGACACGCCCAUAUUAAGACGCGCACACCCCAGACCAUCCUCCAAGUACCUGACCUUACCGGUGGAAGGGGUGAGGGCCAAACGUAGGUACUCUCUAAACGAGGACUCGUCCAAGCACCACUGCUACAUUGGGGCAACAAAACUUGGGAAUAUGUGGUCUAAGCGGAGUAUGUCGAUGAAUGGGAUGCUACUUCAACAGGAAAAUAUAGACAGUGGCAAGGCCACCUUUUCCAGUUCAGAGUGGAUUCUAGAAAGCACUGUGUGACUGUUCUGUUUGUAUGGAUGUGUGUGUGUGUGUGUGUGUGUGUGUGUGUGUGUGUGUGUGAGUGAGUGGGGACAUCUGUUUUUGAAUGUUAUUUUAUUAUUUUUUGGCGUUUCAGUUUUUCUAAAACCAACAGUAAAACGGAUGCUUGCCUUGUAGUAAUCCGAAUGUCAUCAAUGUUCUCCUCUGAUGUGGAGAAUCUCCAGCAGGGCUCGGAGCCCAGUGCUCGGCAGUCCAUGCAGUGUUUUCAUACCCAUGCAAAAAAUAAAUCCAACACACCCAUCCACUUAUACAGUACAUACACCCAUUGUUAUCAUUGUGGCAAGAGAAAAGCAUUGGUGCCUUCCUCUGCACAACAGUUGUCCUCUUGCAAGGAGCACCAAUAGGAUUUCAGUUGUCCCUGACAGCGGAUGUGGGAUCGACAGGAACAAGAGAGAGAUUUCACAAAAAGCCUUUCUAUUACAAGGAAAUACUUUCCUGCAUAUAGAGACAACACAAAAAACAACUAUCAAAGACUUGUUACUGGACCUCUUAUUAAAUUGAUAUUUUUUAAAGAACAAUUCAAGCUUUCUUUUCAGUGACAUUGAUAUUGCCUUUGUUUUAAGGCACAAAAAAGCCCUGUACAGAGAAACAACAUCUGCUGUGUUGUUAUGUUGUGUAAAAUAAAAUAAAAAUGAAACAA